AUGAAGAACAACACAGAAGUGACUGAGUUCAUCCUACUGGGACUAACCAAUGCCCCAGAGCUACAGAUCCCCCUCUUUAUCAUGUUCACCCUCAUUUACCUCAUCACUCUGGCUGGGAACCUGGGCAUGAUGAUGCUGAUUCUCUUGGACUCCCAUCUCCACACUCCCAUGUACUUUUUUCUCAGUAACCUGUCGCUGGUGGACUUUGGUUACUCUACAGCUGUCACUCCCAAGGUCAUGGCUGGGUUACUUAGAGGAGACCAGGUCAUCUCCUACAAUGCAUGUGCUGCUCAGAUGUUCUUUUUUGUAGCCUUUGCCACUGUGGAAAAUUAUCUCUUGACCUCAAUGGCCUAUGACCGCUAUGUGGCCGUGUGCAAACCCCUCCAUUACACCACCACCAUGACAACAGGGGUGUGUGCUUGGCUAUCCAUAGGCUGCUACUUCUGUGGAUUUUUAAACACCUCAAUCCAUACUUGGAACAUUUUUAGGCUCUCCUUCUGUAAUUCCAAUGUGAUCCAUCACUUUUUCUGUGAUGUACCGGCAGUCCUGACUCUCUCUUGCUCUAAUAGACAUGUCAGUGAGCUAGUUCUUGUCUUUGUAGCAGUCUUCAACAUAUUUUUUGCUCUCCUCAUUAUCUUGAUUUCCUACUUGUUCAUUUUUAUCACCAUCCUGAAGAUGCCCUCGGUGGAGGGAUACCUAAAGGCCGUAUCCACCUGCAUCUCCCACCUCACUGCAGUGUCCAUCUUCUAUGGGUCAUUCAUCUUCAUGUACAUACAGCCCACCUCCAGCUACUCUGUGGACACAGACAAAAUUGCAUCUGUGUUCUAUUCUAUGAUCAUCCCCAUGCUGAAUCCCCUGGUCUAUAGCCUGAGGAACAAAGAGGUCAAGAAUGCUUUCAAUAAAGUUGUUGAGAAGGUAAAACUGCCUUUAAGCUUCACCUCUUAG